CGCGCACCUUGCCCGCCAUGAACGUCGACGACGUCGAGGACCGCGACGGCGUGCGCCUCAGCUGGAACGUGUGGCCGGCGACGAAGCUCGAGGCGACGCGCACCGUCGUGCCCAUCGCCGCCCUCUACACGCCGCUCAAGGAGCGCGACGACCUGCCGCCCGUGCUCUACGAGCCCGUGACGUGCAAGGCGCCCUGCAGGGCCGUGCUCAACCCGUACUGUCAGAUCGACGUGCGCGGCAAGCUCUGGAUCUGUCCCUUCUGUCUGUCGCGCAAUGCCUUCCCGCCUCACUACCGCGACAUUUCGUCGACGAACCUGCCUGCCGAGCUGCUGCCCAAGUACACGACGAUCGAGUACACGCUGCAGCGGCCCGCGCAGAUCCCGCCCGUCUUUCUCUACGUCGUCGACACGUGUCUGGAGGAGGACGACCUCAAGGCGCUGCGCGAGAGCCUCGUGCUGAGCCUCAGCCUGCUGCCGCAGAACGCCCUCGUGGGCCUCAUUACGUACGGCACGAUGGCGCAAGUGCACGAGCUCGGCUACGACGCCUGCCCCAAGUCGUACGUCUUCCGCGGCACCAAGGAGUACGCGCCCAAGGCCAUCCAGGACAUGCUGGCGCUCACGCCCGGCGCGCGUCCCAUGGCGCCUGGCGGGCCGUCGAACCCUCAGCAGCAGCCUCAGCGCGCGGCGGGGCAGCAGGGCGCGUCCCGCUUCCUGCUGCCCGUGUCGCAGUGCGAGUUCCAGCUGACGUCGAUCCUCGAGCAACUGCAAAAGGACCCGUGGCCCGUGGCCAACGACAAGCGCGCGCAGCGCUGCACCGGCACGGCCCUCUCCGUCGCCAUGGGCAUUCUCGAGACGACGUUCCCCAACACGGGCGCGCGCGUCAUGCUCUUCUGCGGCGGGCCCGCCACCGAGGGUCCCGGAAACGUCGUCUCGACGGAGCUGCGCGAGCGCAUCCGCUCGCACCACGACAUCGACAAGGACAAUGUGCGCUUCUUCAAGCGCGCCGUCAAGUUCUACGAGGCCAUGGCCAAGCGUGCGGCCAACAACGGCCACUCGAUCGAUGUCUUUGCCGGCUGCCUCGACCAGGUCGGCCUGCUGGAGAUGAAGAGCCUCGCCAACUGGACAAACGGCCACAUGAUCCUCGCCGACAGCUUCCAGAUGGGCAUCUUCAAGCAGUCGUUUGGCAAGAUCUUUGAGAAGGACGAGAAGGGCGACCUCAACAUGGGCUUCAAUGCGACGCUCGACGUGCAGUGCACCAAGGAGCUCAAGGUCAGCGGCCUCAUCGGGCACGCCACGUCGGCCAACAAGAAGAGCGGCUCGGUCGGCGAGACGGAGAUUGGUCUGGGCGGCACGUCUGCGUGGAAGAUUUGCUCCAUCGACCCUCGCACGGCACUCGGCGUGUACUUUGAGGUCGUGACGCCUGCCGGGCAGCCUCUGCAGCCCGGCUCGCGCGGCCUCAUCCAGUUCGUCACGCACUACCAGCACGCCUCGGGCCAGUACCGGCUGCGCGUCACGACGAUUGCGCGCAACUUUGCCGAGGGAGGCUCGGCGCAGAUCUCGGCCUCGUUCGACCAAGAGGCCGCCGCCGUGCUCAUGGCACGCAUUGCCGUCUUCAAGGCCGAGAUCGACGACUCGCCCGACGUGCUGCGCUGGCUCGACCGCAUGCUCAUUCGCCUCUGCCAGAAGUUUGCAGACUACCGCAAGGACGACCCGACGAGCUUCCGCCUCGCAGAGGGCUUCAGCAUAUACCCGCAGUUCAUGUUCCACCUGCGCCGCAGCCAGUUCCUGCAGGUGUUCAACAACUCGCCCGACGAGACGGCCUUCUACAGGCACAUCCUCAACUCGGAGGACGUCAACAACAGUCUCAUCAUGAUUCAGCCGACGCUCAUGUCCUACACGUUCGACACGCCGCCUCAGCCCGUGCUGCUCGACUCGGUCUCGAUCCGGCCCGACGUCGUGCUGCUGCUCGACACGUUCUUCCACAUUCUCAUCUUCCACGGCUCGACGAUGGCCGAGUGGCGCAAGGCCGGCUACCACGAGCAGGAGGGCUACGAGAACUUCAAGGAGGUCCUCGAGGCGCCAAAGACGGACGCGCAGGACCUGCUCGUCGACCGCUUCCCCGUGCCGCGCUACAUUGUCUGCGACCAGAACGGCAGCCAGGCACGCUUCCUCCUCUCCAAGGUCAACCCCAGCACGACGCACAUGACCGCCAACACCUACGGCGCCGCGACGGGCGCCAUCGCCAUGACGGACGACGUCUCGCUGCAGGUGUUCAUCGAUCAUCUCAAGCGCCUUGCAGUCAGCGCAAACUCGAGCUAG